AGUAUGUUUUUUUCAACUUUUAGCUCACCCACCACUGUCCACGUGUUCAAUAUUUCUUAUUUUUUCGUCUCAUAAAUAAUGCACAUGCAUUGUUAUUUAUAUGAUUUUUCAGUGCAAGUUUUUUAGCUCAUGAUGAUGAGUUCUUCUGUAUAUUAUUUGGUGUUCUUGUUGUUGGUUUUGGGUGCACUUGAUGGUUGCAUGGCUAGCCCGAUUGGGUUGGGUUCGAGAUUGUUGGCUAGAGAAGAUCGAGCCUGGGUUUCGGAUAAUGGUACCUUUGCAUUUGGGUUCACUCAAGCGGAUGCUCGUGAUUGGUUUCUGUUGGCUAUUUGGUUUGCUGACCUUCCUGGAGAUCGCACUGUCGUUUGGUCACCUAAUAGAAACUCUCCGGUCACCAAAAACGCAAUUUUGGAGCUGGACACCACCGGCAACCUCGUUCUCACCGACGGACACACCACCGCAUGGAUGUCAAACACCUCCGCUUCCGGUGCCAAUUCAGCACUCAUGUCAGACUCCGGCAACUUCAUCCUCUACUCCGGCACCACCACCAACCGCUCCAUACUCUGGCAAAGUUUCUCCCACCCGUCAGAUACUCUCCUGCCAAACCAGCCUUUAACAGUCUCUCUCGAACUAACAUCACCAAAGUCACCGGUCAACGGUGGCUAUUACUCUCUCAAAAUGUUACAGCAGCCCACCUCACUAAAUCUUGCAUUAACGUAUAAUUUACCAGACUCAUACGAUGAUUCUCCUGAGUCUUACGCAAACUUUUCUUACUGGCCUGGACCUGAUAUUUCCAACGUUACAGGCGAUGUUGUGGCGGUUUUGGACGAAGCAGGAAGCUUCGGAAUUGUAUACGGCGACUCAUCAAACGGAGCUGUUUACGUGUAUAAAAAUGACGGGGAUUACAAUGGACUGUCGUCUUCUAAGAAUCAAUCUACUCGGUUGGCCAUUCUUCGGAGGUUAAUCCUUGAAACGAAUGGAAAUUUACGUUUGUAUAGAUGGGAUAAUGAUGUUAAUGGCUCUCGUCAAUGGGUGCCGGAAUGGGCGGCGGUUUCGAAUCCGUGCGAUAUAGCCGGCGUUUGCGGGAACGGGAUAUGUAAUCUGAACAGAAGUAAGACCAAUGCUUCGUGUACAUGUCUGCCUGGUACUUCUAAAGUUGGCAAUGGCAUGGAAUGCGGAGAGAAUUCGUCGCUCAUCGGGAAAUGUAAUUCGCCGCGCGUAAAUCAGACGGCGGAGUUCAGGAUUACGGCUGUGCAGCAGACUAAUUACUAUUACCCUGAUUUUUCGGUCAUAGCAAAUUAUAGCGAUAUUACGACAGUUUCGAAGUGUGGUGAUGCUUGUUUGUCAGAUUGUGAGUGUAAGGCCUCAGUUUAUGGUCUGGAUGAUGAGAAGCCUUACUGUUGGCUGUUGAGAAGCUUGGAUUUCGGUGGAUAUGAGGAUCCGGGGUCCACCUUGUUCGUCAAAGCUCGAUUGAAUGGCUCGGAAGGCGAUAAAGACGGGUCCGGGAUCUCAAAAGAGAAGGUUUUGGUUCUUCCUAUAGUUCUCAGCAUGAUGUUUCUUUUUGCCCUGCUUUGCCUGUUGUUGUAUUACAAUGUGCAUAGAAAAAGAAAUCUGAAAAGAGCUUUGGAGAGUUCUAUGAUUCUGUCAGGUGCUCCUAUAAAUUUUAGCUAUCGUGAAUUGCAGAUUCGCACCUCGAAUUUCUCACAAAUUCUUGGAACAGGAGGAUUUGGGAGUGUGUACAAAGGAAGCUUAUCUGACGGGACUUUGAUUGCUGUAAAGAAACUAGACAAGGUUUUACCUCAUGGGGAGAAGGAAUUUAUAACUGAAGUGAACACCAUUGGCUCUAUGCAUCAUAUGAACCUCGUUCGUCUCUGCGGAUACUGCUCUGAAGGAUCGCAACGGCUUCUUGUUUAUGAGUAUAUGAAAAAUGGAUCCUUGGACAAAUGGAUAUUUCCUUCAUAUACUAGCCGCGAGGCUCGGGAAAGAUUGCUGGAUUGGUCAACUCGAUUCAGUAUUGCUAUUGCAACUGCUCAAGGAAUAGCAUACUUCCACGAGCAAUGCAGAGACCGGAUUAUACACUGCGAUAUAAAACCAGAAAACAUACUAAUAGAUGACAAUUUCUGCCCCAAAGUAUCAGAUUUCGGACUUGCCAAGCUAAUGGGUAGAGAACACUCGCAUGUUGUUACAAUGGUAAGAGGAACUAGAGGCUAUUUAGCUCCAGAAUGGGUUAGUAACAGACCUAUAACCGUAAAAGCCGACGUUUAUAGCUACGGAAUGUUACUUCUAGAGAUCAUUGGCGGGAGAAGAAACCUCGACAUGUCUUAUGAUGUGCAGGACUUCUUUUACCCUGGAUGGGCUUUCAAGGAGAUGAUGAAUGGGAUGCCGAUGAAAGCAGCAGACAGAAGGCUCCAAGGGGCAGUCGAAGAAGAAGAGCUUAUGAGAGCGCUAAAAGUCGCGUUUUGGUGCAUUCAGGAUGAGGUGUCUAUGAGACCUUCAAUGGGAGAAGUAGUGAAAAUGUUAGAAGGAGCAAUGGAUAUGACUGCUCCACCAAUGCCUCAGACAGUUCUGGAAUUGGUUGAAGAAGGUUUAGAAAAUGUGUUUAAAGCCAUGAAAAGAGAAUUCAAUCAACUUAGCUCCUUCACCAUUACCACCACUCAUCCAUCAACUCAUGCUACUUGUAGUUACUCAACUAUGUCACCCAGAUAGCCUCGAUUAAAGGGCUCUAUUCACCCCGUCAUCUGUCGAUAGAGCCAAUAAUAUUAUAACACAUCAUUACAUCAUUGAAUGAAUAUGUGAAAAUUUUGAUUAA